ACUGCUAUCUUCUGAUGCUGGUUUUCUUCUCAUUUAAGAAGAAAUUUGCCUUUUCCAGAAAUUUAGAGCUUAAUAAUAAAAAGGAACUAGAGCUUAGAGGGAACAGCUACACAAUUUGGCUUUUCAAUCAUUAAUCUCAUUCUGCCUCCUUCUAAAACUGAAAAAUCUAGAUUUUGUAGUCAGUUUCUCUUAACUUGAACACGUUCAUCAAGUGCACGUGUAGGAUCGCAUCUCUUCCAUGUGAUGCAGUUAUAAUAAUGAACAAGACAGAUGUCCUCACUCUAUGGGGUUUUUAUAGAAGAGACAGACAACUGUCCAUAUUAACCACUAUCACUGAUUUGAAGAGCAAUUUAAACUGGCUUCAUAGAGCUGUACGUCAGAAGAUUGACAAGCCUGUGUCAAACGAAGUUUGGUCAGGAGGAGGGGCAGAGCAUUUUGAGUUGUAGUACCACUCAGAGACAAUUCAUUUCUGCCUGCUGUCUUGCAGCCUCUCACACAUCCAAGGGAUCCAGGAUUGGAAAGGCUAAGUUCUCCCAUCUCGUUUUUGGGUCAGCUUCCUCCACCUGCAUGACUGCAUGGCACAGACACAGACAUGAGCAAUCAGGAAGUGAUUUAUUCCUCUGUGAGAUUUCUUCAGUCUCCAUCAGAGUCACAAAAUAGAUUAAGGCCUGGUAGUAUUCAAAGGCCUGGGAAAACGGACAACAAAGAGUUUUCAGUGACCUGGCAUCUCUUUGUGGUGACUCUUGGGAUCCUCUGUCUACUUCUUUUGGUGACAGUCACAGUGUUGGGGACAAAGUUUUUUCAGUAUAUUCAAGAAAAACAUCAACAGGAGGAAAUUCUACGAAACCUCCGUCAAAAGAACGACAUUAUACAAAAUGAAAACUACUUAAAGGAGCAACUUUUGACAAAUAAGACUUUAGAAUAUGACAUUCUCAAAAAUGAAACCCUUCAGCAGAAAAAAGAACUGGACUCACUCUUUAUAGGAAAGAAGAGAUGUCAUAGAAAACAGAUCUUUUCAAAGUCCUUGCAAAAUACAGGCAAACUCUAUGAAGACCGCUGGUCCUGUUGUGGAAGAAAGUGUUAUUAUUUUACCACUGAAAAAAAAGACUGGAAGGGAUGUAAACAGACUUGCCGAAAUUACAAUUUAUCUCUUUUGAAGAUAGAUGAUAAAGAUGAAUUGGCCUUCAUUCAACCGCAGACUUAUCCUGAUAACUACUGGAUUGGCUUAUCAUAUAAUGCAAAGGAAAGUAAAUGGAAAUGGAUUGACAGUGGCACAUCUUCUGGAACUAAUUUUAUAAUAAGGAGUUUGCCUUCUGGGAGUAGGAGAUGUGUGUUUUUAACUUCAACAAGAGUAACAGAUAUUGAUUGCUCUAAUACCUAUAAUUGUAUCUGUGAGAAGAGACUUGAUUGUGUUUCCACUGCCUGCUUCAAUUGACAUAAAAGAAAAGAUCUUAUUCCAUUAUGGAAACAGAGAUGAGUUGGAAGAGGAAGAAUAUGCUCUUCUGGACUAUGACUUAUGAGAUCAGAUGCCAGCUGUCUUCUUGGAGAAGAGGGGAAGGUUUUGCUUUUGGAAAUCAGUUAUCCCUCUCUUAAUGGCCCUGAGAAAUUCUCUCUUUCUCUUUCCCUGAACCACCCACAGAGCCAAUUAGAGAACUCUGGGUCUUUUCCUUAUCCAUAGGCGAAAUCAUUUCAAUAGCCUUAGGCUUGGAGAGAUAGCACAAUUAAGAACUAAAAAAUAGUUAUACUGCCCAUCCCCCAUCUAGAUGCUUAUUACCUCUCAUUUAAAAAAAUUUUUUUUUAUUUUGCUAUGAUUUCAAACUUAUUGAAUUGUUGAAACAGUAGUACAAGGAACUCUCAUAUAACCUUUACCCAUAGUUAGCAUUAGUUUAUGUUUAAUAAACUAGCUGCGCUUUAUAGUUCUCUCUCUCUCUCUUUGCUAGUCCAUUUGAUAAUAAAUUGGGGGCAUUAUGUCCCCUUGUCUAAAUAUUUUACAAGAACAAGGACUUUGUCUUGUCUAACCAUGUACAAUUAUCAAAAUCAGGAAAUGUAGCAUUUCUGCAGCACUAUGAUUUCAUCUAUAAUCCAUAUUCAAAUUUUGUCAACUGUCCUGAUAACGUCAUUUAUAGGAUCAGGCACUACAUUUAGUUGUGAUGUCACUUUAGUCUCCUUCAAUCUGGGAUAGUUCUUCAGGAUUUCUUUUUUUUGUAAAUUCAUUGUGGUGUUUUGUUUUGUUUUUUUUUAAAACAUCAAAUUCCAGUACAGUGCAUCUGCAGAAAGCAGGCCUGGGAAAGAAUACUGGAAUGAGAGUUAAGAGAUCAG